CCACAACUCCCUCACCAGCUCCACCACAGGUUUGUCUCACUUUAUGGCUUGUUAAGGCUACCAACCACCCUUCUUUAAGGAACAAGAGCACACUGUGGCGGUUCCUUCGGUGAGGGAGCACCUACGACGGAUACAAUCCAUUUGGAAGGACGUCAAGUCUGCCUUGGGUUGGACAGCCGACAGAAACAACCGGUUAGCGGAUCUGCGUCGCUCCCCUACGCCUGAAUACAAGUGUUCCCACGCCCAAUUAUGCUGCCAGUGAAUACACAACCCUGACGUGUCAGUGUUAUUCAUCCUUGAGCUUUCAUCAUGACUGGAAGAAUUCUUCUGUUGGGACUCCUGCUCAUCUGUGUAGCUGCAGAUGCAAAGAACAUGGGAUCCCCGAGAAAGCCAUCUUGUCCUGGCACUGAUGGGUUUUUGGCAUGCCCCCUGAACUUUGCUCCCGUGUGUGGUAGCGAUGGAAACACAUACCCAAACGAGUGUACCCUUUGUGUUCACAGACAGACAACAAAGAUGGAUGUUUUGAUUGCUCACAACGAAGCCUGCUGACCUGUUUAGCUGCCCAACAAGUGGAUACCAACAGUGAAAAUGUUUCAAUCUUAAUAAUAAUAAUGAAUAAUAAAAGUCUACGGACAACAUAAUUAGGUGAACAAA